GUUUGUGCUUCUGGCAUAAUAAUAGUACAUACGUCAUUAAACGCGCUGGUUUCGAUAACUGAACCUCGACGGAUUAUCUGACAUGUUGCCUGUGUUGGUGGUCCAUGGGGGAGCGGGGCACAUCCCUGAAGAGCGUGCACAGAUGUCUUGUGCUGGGGUCCGGGCUGCAGUCAGGGGGGGCUACUCCAAACUCCAGGGGCAGGGCAGCGCCAUGGACGCUGUGGUGGAGGCAGUCACUCUGCUGGAGAAUGACCCCCACUACAACGCAGGACGAGGCUCGGUGUUGAACGCUAAGGGCGAGGUGGAGAUGGAUGCCAUCGUGAUGGACGGGAGAUAUCUGGCCAGCGGAGCUGUCUCUGCGGUCAGGAAAGUGGCCAACCCUGUCCAACUGGCCAGACUGGUCAUGGACAAGACGAGCCAUCUGUGUCUGACUGGAGAGGGUGCCAGUCAGUUUGCCAGGGCAAUGGGUGUACCCGAGGUGCCAGAGGAGUCCCUGAUCACAGAGUAUGCCCGUAUGCGCUGGAAGAAGAACCUGGCAGCUGAUGCCAACCCGGUGGAGUGCCAGAUGGGAAAGAUGGGCACGGUAGGGGCGGUGGCGGUGGAUGCGGAGGGGAACAUAGCCUGUGCCACCUCCACCGGUGGCAUGCUGAACAAGAUGGAGGGCAGAGUGGGGGAUACAGCAUGUAUUGGGUGUGGAGGUUAUGCUGAUAACAAGGUGGGAGCAGUGUCACCCACGGGCCAUGGUGAAGCCAUCAUGAAGGUGACUCUGGCUAGACUCAUCCUGUUCCACAUGGAGCAAGGGCGCAGUGCAGAGGCAGCAGCAGACGAGGCCCUGGCCUAUAUGAAGGAGAGGGUGGGGGGUCUGGGGGGAGUGGUUGUGGUGGACCCCCAGGGUGGAUGGUCCGUUCGUUUCAGCAGCCUGCAGAUGGCCUGGGCUGCAGCCCAGCAACAAACACUCCACUAUGGCCUGUACACUGGAGAACACUUCACACAGAACAUAGACAACCCCUACUAACAUACACUCCACUUCCACUAAUGUGUUGAGAGAGACUAGAAGAUCCCUACUAACACACUCAGGUAAACAAUCUAUAGAAAGCACUGAAUUGAAAUUUACCAUAACUGUGUUUUUAGCAAUCAGUACUAUUUCAAUAUUUUAUAAUCCUCAGAUCAAUGCUCAUAUCUAGAGCCAGUAUUUGGAAAGUGUUGAUCAACUGCCAAAUGUAAAUAUUAAGGAAUAAAGCGUGUUUUAAAAACAAA